AUGACAGUUCCGGGAUCAAGUUCAUAUCAACAUGACUCGAUGAGGGGUUGGGAAAACGUCCCUGUUGAAUAUCGACCUGUUCAAAGAUCGAACCCUCGACCAGUUUCAGGGUAUUAUGCCUCACCAGCUCUUCUCCCAGGCCCUCCUCCACGACCGCGAACUGCUUCCCCCAUCAGGAAACUCGAAGCAAUCAGAGCGUCCUCCACUCCAAUCCUACUGCACCCAAACCCCAAAACAUAUCGUCGCAGAUCUGCACUGGAUGUUCGGAACCCGUGGCCUGGUCUACCAAAUCCCACUCCGGUAGACGAAGCGAAGAUGAUGAGUGUCGAAAUCGCUGCGGCAUUGCCGCCGGAUCAUCUUGACCCACCUCCUCCCUACUCAUAUUAUCCACCAGCACCAUCCCUACCGCCACCUCCACCUCCGCCGCCGCCUCCGCUAGCACGACCACAUCCAUCUUCUACGACUACUCGACAUCGGUCAUGGUCCAAUCAGCAGCAAUAUGCCGCUGCCGUAAACCGAUACAACGGCCACACAUAUUACAACCCAGGGGAUUUUCAACAACAACCCAUUCGAACACAAGCUAUUCAAGCUAUUCCUUCAAUUGGUUUACCGCAACCUCCCACACCGGUAUCCCCUAUCAACACCCUGGACGCCCAGUAUCUUGCCCUGAGGCAAGCCAGGCGAAGGAAAGCAGCGAGUGAUGUGACAAUCGACAAUCUGCUGGGUCACCCGAUGCUAAGCCAGCCGUAG